AUGGUAAAAAAGAGGAAUUGCUCAAAAAAACAUAAAGAUGGUAAAAAUGGGUUUAUAGAGAAUUAUAAUAGUAUUAUAAUGAAAAACGAAAAGAUGGAGAAUUAUUAUAGACAACAGGGUAUUGUUGAAGAUGAUGAUUGGGAGAUGUUUAUGGAGAGUAUUAAGCAAAGUUUACCGACAACAUUUAGAAUAACAGGAUCUAAAAAAAACGCUCAAUGUAUUAAGAAACAUCUUGAAGAUGAAUAUUUUCCUUUAUUUAAGGGACUUAAAUAUGAGGGUAAAGAGAUUGAACCUCCGAGUCUAAUAUCUUGGUAUCCAAAUCAACUUGUAUAUUCUCUUAAUACGCCGAAAACAGUUAUUCGUAAAAAUAAAGCUUUUAAAAAGUUUCAAGAUUGGUUAUUUUAUGAAACAGAAUCAGGUAAUAUUACUCGUCAAGAGGUAGUGUCUAUGAUUCCUCCACUUUUAUUAGAUGUAGAGCCAUACCAUAGUAUUAUAGAUUUAUGUGCUGCGCCAGGAUCAAAAACAGCACAAUUUUUAGAGGCUAUUCAUAAUAAGUUAUCGGAAACAGAUACUUGUGAAAUAUAUCCUAAAGGAUUUUUGAUUGCUAAUGAUGUUGAUUCCAAAAGGGCAUACAUGCUUGUUCAUCAAAUAAAGCGUUUUAAUUCUCCUUGUAUGAUUGUUACAAAUCAUGAUGCAUCUAAAUUACCAAAUUUUUAUGUAGAUGAUGGAAUUGAUAAUGAUUUGGAUCCAUCUAAGACUGCUAGGAGAUAUAUUUUAAAGUUUGAUCGUGUUCUUGCUGAUGUUCCUUGUACUGGAGAUGGUGCUAUUCGUAAAAAUCUUAAUAUAUGGAAAGAUUGGGAUAUACGACAAGCUUUUGGGUUACAUACGACUCAAGUGAAUAUAUUGAUUCGAGGUCUUCAAUUAUUAAAAGUUAAUGGAAGAUUGGUAUAUUCAACGUGUUCUUUAAAUCCUAUAGAAAAUGAGGCUGUGGUAUCAGCUGUUUUAAGAAUUUAUGGCAAUAGUAUAAGGCUUGUUGAUGUUUCAGAUAGGUUGCUAGAGCUUAAAAGGAAAAAUGGAAUGAAUACAUGGAAAGUAAUAGAUAGUAAUGGUGAAAUACUUGCGUUUGAUGAUCGUUUUUCUUUGGAUCAAAAAAAAAUGCCAAGAUCAUUAUGGCCUCCAAGUGAAGAAGAAAUAGAUAAGUUUUGUCUUGAUAGAUGUUUACGAAUAUAUCCUCAUCUUCAAAAUACUGGUGGUUUUUUUGUAGCUGUAUUUGAAAAGAUUGAAAAACUUAAUGAUAUGAGUCGUAAGCAUCAUGAAGAAGGUUUAAGGAAACAAUAUAAAAGAGAUCUGGAUGAUUCAGGAACUGAUAUUACGUUAGAAAAUGAUUUAUCUAAAAAAGUUAAGAAAGAUACUAGUUUUAUUAAUGAAACAUUGCAAUUCGAAAAUUCUUUAGGAAAUAAAGAUUUACAAAAUAAUACAAUAGCUAAUUUUUUAAAUUCUUCUGAGGUACAAAAUAAAGAUUCUAAAACUCUAAAAAAUUGUGAAUAUUUUAAAUUUCUUUCUGAAGAUUGUGAAGAAAUAAAAAAUAUUAAGGCUUUUUAUAAUAUUUCUAAUUCAUUUCCUUCUACUCAAUAUGUUGUACGCAAUAUUAAUGCAGUUCCUACACGUUUUAUCUAUUUUUUGUCAAAAAAAAUAAAGAAUAUUUUAUAUCAUAAUGAAGAUAGGAUAAAAUUUGUUCAUGGCGGUGUAAAAAUGUUUACUAAACAUGAAUUUCUUAAAAAUUCUUUUCCUGAAAAUAUCUGUAGAUGGAGAAUCCAAAAUGAGGGUGUUAGGCUGCUAUUUCCUUUUUUAGGUCCUGAAAGAGUUAUAUAUGCAAGUUUUAAUGAGCUUAAGAUAUUUUUGAAUCAUGAUUAUCCAAAAAUUGAUAUGUUUCCUGAGGGAAAGGUAAAAACAUCUUUAGAAAAAAUAUCUUUAGGUUGUAUAAUAAUGGUUGUUGAUUUGGAAAAUGAAGAAUCUGUUAAAGUAAAGCUUAAUGUAAUUCUUCCAAUAUGGAAAAGUAAUGUUUCUGCGAAUUUAAUGCUUUCAAAAAAAGAUAAAACGGUCCUAAUGAUGCGUGUGUAUGGUUCUUCCUAUCAUUUUAAAGAUCAUCUAAAAGAUGAUCUUUUGCUUAAUGCUUCUAAUAAUAUAGAAGCAUAA